GUUUUGAGCAUAAGCACUUGUGCGCUGUGUUUCUCGCACACGCCACCCGAGCACAGAAUGGGCCGCCUACCGCGUCGUCAUCACAUUCAGGCUGUAAUUAUGUCAUCUCCCAGCCGGGACGCGGAGGCGACGUCACGAUGCUAAAAUGCUGGAUGCAACUUUUAUUUUUUUUUUUUCUUUCCCCAACGCGAUAAACUUCGAGAAGAAAGUCGUGACAGUUCAAUGAACGCGCUCCGCUGAUUUCCGGAUCACGGGAAAACUCCUAUGAAGAUUAGGAUUUGCUAAGAUAAUGCCUGAUGAAGAGCCUUGGGUGGGAUCGUGGAGGCCCCACAGACCGCGGGGGCCCAUAGCUGCCCUCUAUAGCAGCCCAGGGCCAAAGUAUGCGCUGCCUUCACUGACAGGUUCUACGCUACAUGACCCGACAAAAUACAAAGCACCCAGUUACAGCUUUCGGGCCCACUAUGACAUAAGCACGCAGGAAAUCUCGCCCGGACCGAAACACCUCAUCCCCUCCAACAUCACCAAAAACGGCCGCGACGGGACGCCCGCAUUUUCGUUCGGCACGCGGCCCAAGGACCUGGCGCGGGCCCAAGUCCCUGCACCCAACCAUUACCACCUUGAAAGUUCAGACAAGGUGACUUACCACUCUUCUCCUUCGUAUACGUUGUCCGGGCGGUGGAAACAAGUCGUACAGAGCAACCAGACGACACCUGGUCCAGCAUCGAACAGUCUACCUCCUGUGCUGGGACCCAAAACUGUCACUAUUCGUGCAGCACCCGCACACUCGCUCUACGGUCGCACUAAAAAUGGCAACUUCAUGGAAGACUACACAAAGUCUCCGGGCCCUGCUGCCUAUCAAGCCGUUGACCCCAAAGUUUACCUCACUAAAUCCCCUCAGUACAGCAUGCCGGGGCGCAAGUUCAUGCCUCAAAGCGCUACGAGGACACCGGCACCCGGAGUCUACUGUCCCGAAAAGGUCACCACCACCCACGCCAAAGCGCCAGCGUUCACCUUUGGACUACGCCACUCGCAGUACACCAUCUGCCCCAUCAUGGACGCAGAUAAAUACCAACAGUCGUUCUCCUUCCUUUGAGCCCGGACAUUUCCGAUGAAGCAAAGCGGUCAAAGUCAGCGGAUGAGAUCCAUUGAGGAGAUCUCACAGUCCAGCGUUUGCGACGCUUUGUCUCGUCUGUCGAAUUUGCUUCACGGUUGCAAACCGUCGGGGGGAAUUUUUGCUUUCCAUCGCAUUCGACUGCGACUCGUCAAUUUAAGGCUUACUUGCUAAACCGCAUUUCAACGUACCCUGGAAGCGGCACUAGUGAUCUCAUCAGUGUCAGGAGAAUUUAUUACAUUGUGUACUACAGUAUUUAAUAAUAAUAAAAAAAAAAAAUGAAAGUAAUUAUUUUUAGUUUGUGGUACAGCAGGCCCAACAUCUUUUUUUUUUUUUUUUAAAUUUGCUUUCUUUACUGGCAGCAAAUUACACAGCAGUAUUGUGUAAACGUGUUUUUCCACUUAUUGUGCAAAAUUAUUCACAGCACGUGUGCCUCGGAAUAUGGGCUAUUUUGCACAUUUUAUGGUGCAUAAAAUAUGCAAGAUAACCCAGGAAUGUAACAACCAAAUAAAAUUGCACUUAAAUCUAAAUUUGGCCAUGAUCUGAAUUUUCAUUUUAUUUUUUUUGGCUUAGUCAUUCAAUUUUUGUAUAUUGAAUUUGUACAAAUAAGAAACUUUUGUAUACACUGCAGAUAUUUCUCCAUCACGUCAUGUACAGUUGGAUAUUAUGGUGAG